AUGGUUACUCUGGAGAGAAGACUUGUUCCAAAGAAAACCAAUGAUAUAGGUGUAUGGAUACAUAUCUUAGAGGCUAUUGGCGUCUUGGCCGUUAUUGCAAAUGGACUGGUUAUCGGCGUGUCUUCAGACUUCAUCCCUCGAUUGGUCUACCGCCACCUCUAUGGUCCCUGUGCCAAUGGAACAGUGACAAAUACUGAUUGCAUGGAGGGAUACAUCAACAACACCCUUUCAAUCGCGUAUGUGAAUGACCAGGACAUCAACAAAGACUUCUCAGCAGAACAAAUGGUGACUCCGAGUGGGAUGAAUGUCUCAUACUGCAGUUACAAAGACUAUAGGAGUGAUGAGGACUACAGUCUGACCCCACAGUUCUGGUUGAUAUCAGCUGUACGGUUUGCAUUUGUCAUAAUAUUCGAGCAUGUACUUGUCAUUUGUAAAUUCAUCGCAGCCUGGUUCAUUCCAAGUGCUCCUAUGGAUGUGAAAAAUCACAAACUAUUUGAUAAACUCAACCGACUGAAAGAAGAACUCAAGUCAUUUGAAGCAUAA